UAACUAGCGUGCAGUAAAACCGCCACCUUUGUACACACGGCCGCUGCCCGCGCGGCUCCCGCCUUCCACCACAGUUUCACACUGUGGCUCAAGAGUGACUUCUUUUGCGUUGCUGGAAUUAGAACUCCGCACUUCAUUAUUUCCACGGUUCUCGGCCGGAGUGUGGAGGAGAUGCAGCGCAGUCGGCCACCCCUCGGCGUGUGAGCGGACUCCGUCAUGGCUUCAGACAUGGCGGCAGAGUCGUGGAGUGUCGGGAAUACUACAUACUGCAACCCCGAGUCUCUGCCUUCACUGCGUGAAUACUAUGGAGCUGUGGACCCCCUCAUCAUCGUAUUGGUGUGCACCGCCCUGGCUGUGGUGUCCAUCACCAUAGCCCUGUACUCCACCACCAUGAGGGACAUCGUCCAGCGGGCGCCCCGCGAGGUCAAGGGCGACACCGCCGCCGUGCUCGCCAUACACCCGGUGGGUGCAGUGAUCGUCUUCCUGUCGCUGCUGGUGCCACGUGCCGACUUCCUGGUGGAGGUGGUGCUGCAGGGCACCUUCGUGGUGUGCCUGUACAAAUUCUUCUGCUUGCUGGUGGCGUACGGCGGCGGUGAGGAGGAGCUGACCCUCAAGCUGCGUCCAGCCGCCUUCCAGCCAAUCACGGGGCCCUGCUGCUGCUGUCCGUGCUGCCGUCUCUGCUGCUCGCCGCUAGAGGUCUCCAAGAGCAGCCUGACGAGGAUCCGGGUGCUCAUCCUGCAGCUGCCAGUGGCGCAGUGGCUCAUCGACCUGGUGCUCUUCGUCCUCCUGGCUGAGGACCAGGCGGUGUACCAGGCAGUUUACCAGUGGGUGCAGGUGGUGCCCAUGGUUUCGCUGAUGGUGGCGCUGUGGGGUGCCAACAUGUUUCUGUCAUUGCUCGGGGAUGCCCUCGCCGAGCACCGCGUGAGGUCCAAGUUCGUCGCCAUGCAGGUGGUGGUAGCCCUGAAUGCGAUGCUCAAGGUCGUCUCCCGGCCAAUAGCAGCGGCGCUGGCCUGCUACCCACCCCUCACCCCGGCGCUCUACUGCCACAUGGUGGUGGACAUGGCUCUGCUGGUGAUCAACCUGGCGAUGGCUGCGUGGGGACGAGAUCUGUACCGUCGCGAUCUGCCCAAGAUCGUACUAACGAGCAUCCGGCGACUGAGUGGGGACGCCACCACUUCGCCGCAGACUUCACCACGCCACACCCGACAUGCGCCCGCCAUAGUAGCCGCCUAGCUCUGCUCCUCGCAAGACACCACACCAGGUCCAGCUAGCUAGCCUCUGUCGUGACAGAUAUAAACUGGCAUUGAUGCCUCUACACGCAAGAUUGUUCCGUAUUGGGCUUAAAUGACUACAUGCCACCAUAGCCAUGACAGAAAAGAUUACGAUAACCACCUGACCUCACUACGGGGGAGAAGACAACAACAGUGUUCACUGAACCUACCCCAGACAUUAUAAUUAGCCAGUAGAAAAGGUGGCCUACCACUUCAUAUGACUUUAAGUCGUUGACAAAACUCACUUAGCCCACCCAGACAUUGCAACUGGCCAGUAGAAUUUGUGGUAAACUACUCUACAUGAGUUUUGAAAGUGGGCAAAGCUGCAUACUUCCAUAUUAGCAUCCAACUGGUUUUCUGUCUCAAUAAGUUACUCUCACCCAAAACCAGCAACCUCAAUCGCGUAGAGGGAAUAAUAGAGCCACCACAAAGGCAUCAUGACACCAGUCUUCGCUAUCGUCUCUCAUAGUAGUUUCAUAGAAGGAAUGGUCCUUCACUUCACUAAUAUUAUGAUGCUAGUAUUAGGCAACUGCCUACAUGGAUGACAGGUCUUGUCCACAUAUCACCAGGUACUCUCAACUGCCCUGUAUCACCACACCUACGAAGCAGCAUGUACGUACAUCUCCACGACUGGGACUGUCAACUUCUCCAUUGUUGUGUUUGCUAGUGAGGGAAGGUGGCUCUACUGCACAGACAUUACACCCUCAAAGUCAAUCAGCGUCAGUCAUGGUAGCCACGUACUGGUGAUUAUUACUUGAUUCUAUGAACACUAUGAACAGGCUGAGCUGUGUUCUAUCAUAAAUGAUGUAUAGCAUGUUCAUGACUGUUCUGAAGGCAUUUUCAAAGUCAGACUAACAUGGCUACCAUCAUAGUGGCUGCCUGUAAUAGUGGCUCUAUAUUAAAGAUAUCACAACACUUUAUGUAGCUUUUCCCAGUAAUAGCAGACACAUAGCAAGGGCGAAAGCUUCACUCUAAUCAUCAUGUUGCAGUUUACUGACAUCCAUCUGUACAGGUACCUAAGGUCGGUGAUUUACUUAACAGUUCAGAUGCAGGUGGUCCCCAUGAUAGAAGCUCUCUAGUGUGCAUAGUCCAGGGUGGACUUAGCAGGUGCCAGUUCCACUAGCCACCUAUUGGACACGUUGACUCUAUUGAGUAAGCAUCCCCACACUUGGCACAGCUAGUCCCCAGGUUCAGACACUCCUGCAGAGGACAGUGGUUCCACUAUGCAGGCAUCAACUCACUCAACUUACCUUGCUGUGUCAUAGUUGGCACCUAGCAAGGUCUAUAGCUCCAUACCAAAGUUAGCACCAUGCUAGACUUGCCUCAUUAAAAAUAGGUAGUGCUUGUGGCUGCUCUCCUCCAAAGACAUGGAAAUGCCAGCUGCUUUUGGUCCCCACAAUAAAAACCGCUCAGUAGAGAUACUGAUUCUGCUGCAAAGCUAUCACCGUAAUGGACACAGCUGGCUACUACCGUGACAAGCACUCACUUGGCAAUUUCGGUUUACUUUUCAAAAGUUUCACCAGUCCGGACUCAGCUGAACUCCGUCAGUGCAGGUGCCCAGGCGGAAUGGUGGCUCUCCUCUAAAGACAUCACCACACUUGGCGAUCAUUGGGGAUGAA